AUGAGCCUCGACGCCGAAAGUGUCCUUGACGCUCAGUCCGAGCUGUACGGUCGCAUAGCCCGCGCCGAAGAAAACCUGAAAAAGUUAGGAGCGUCAAAAAUCUCAAUCGGCAGUGUGGAGUCGCGACUCCAGACUCUGGAGGCAAACUGGGAUAAGUUCCAGCUCAAUCACGAAGAGCUGCGCUCCAAACAUAAGAAGGUGCUCGCUGACCACGACUACUUCAAGUCGAGCUGGAUUGUCACGGUCGAAGACAGGGUGAUGGACCAGCGCUCAACUCUGCUGGAUUUGCUGCAUUCCCUUCGCUCCAAGCCGGAGAGCGGAGCGGAGCGAAAGAUGAUAGCAGCUUCGGAGCCCGCGUCGCAGCGGAAGCUGCCCAACAUCGAGCUUCCACAUUUCUCCGGUCGCAUUGAGGAUUGGCCAGCGUUCAGGGACCUGUUCCUGUCGAUGCUGGAUCGCCAUCCUUCGCUGGCAGAUGUGGAGAAAUUGCACUACCUGAAAACAAGAGUGCAAGGUGAAGCCGAAGAUCGAAUUCGCAAUUUGCCGACAACGGAAGGCAAUUUCCGACGAGCAUGGGCAAUCCUCGAGGAUCGGUUCGAAAACAGGCGAGUCCUUGUGCGCUCGUGCCUCUCGUCGUUCUCCGCAACGCCUAAAAUGAAGAAUGAGUCCGUCGCCGACUUGAAGAAGCUGGUCAACUGCAUACUGCAGACGGCUGGCACGUUGGAAAGCAUCGGUCGCAAGGCAGCAUACGACAACGACCACUUCGUCCACACAGUGAUCGAGAUGCUAGAUCCUCGAUCCAGACGCGAGUGGGAGGACACAAUCUGCGAUUCACGAGAUCCGCCUUCGUAUGAUGAGCUGAGAGCGUUCCUCGAGAGCCGCCUGCGAGCUUUAGAAGCGUUGCAUCCUGCGAAGCAGGAGCCCGCAUCCGUUUCUGCCUCCAGGUCGGCGAGCGCGUCUUCAAGGUCGGCGCGCGCCAACCUGGCGCAGAAGCAGCAGAAAGGAGGUCGGUGCCCACUAUGUCAAAAGGAUCACUUCAUCCUCCUGUGCAUUGAGUUCCGCAAGAGGCUGCCGGCGCAGAGGAAGGAGUGCGUGGAGAAAAACAGCCUCUGCCUGAACUGCCUUGGCAAGCAUCCUGUAGCCGAGUGCCGAUCUGCGAAGAACUGCAUGGUCUGCAACGCGAGGCAUCACUCCACGCUUCACGAAGCCUGUUCAACAACGUCGGCAGCCAGUGGAGCUAUCGCGACAUCGCUACACGUGAGUUACCACCACGAAGAAGAUAGUGCCGCUGGCCUCCUGGCCACCGCACGCAUACACGUCAAGAACAGACAUGGCGAGCUACAAGCAGUCCGUGCGCUCAUCGACCCGGGAUCUGAGGUGUCGCUCGUCCACGAGGCGCUGGUGCAGCGACUGCAUCUCCCUCGUCGCGCCACUUCUAUGUCCAUCUCCGGUGUCAUCGGGCGGCGAAGCGGCAGGCUGCGGGGCACGCCCCUUGAGCUGAAGUCGCGCAACUCCGACUUUGCAAUGCGAAUUUCCGCAUUGAUCCUCCCCCGCAUUACUGCGAGCAACACCUGCGUGCCGGCCACGACUCAGAGUUGGCCCCACGUCCAGGAUCUGUGUCUCGCCGACCCAGACUAUGGAGCGAGCGACCCAGUGGAGCUGCUGCUGGGGGUGAAGGAGUAUUCCGCAAUAAUGGAAGGAGAAGUACGCAAAGGCGGCCCCGGCGCUCCAAUGGCUCAGCGCACGGCAUUCGGGUGGAUUCUCCUGGGCGAAGUCGACGGCGCAGCAAGGUCCGGGGAGGCAUCAUCCCAUCACUGCCAAGUAGACGAGGACCUCGUGGGACUGGUGCGUCAAUUCUGGAGCCAGGAAGAACCACCGACCAGUUCCACGCCGCUCACGGAGGACGAGCAACGCUGCGAGACAUUCUAUGUCUCAUCGCUCCGCCGCACGCCUGAGGGACGGUACGUCGUGCGCCUCCCGACUACCACGACGCUGCCAGACUUCGGCGAGACGCAGCGCACGGCCGCAUGGCUGGUUCGCUGCAUGGAACACCGGUUUGCGAAAGACCCGGACUUGCAUCGGCUCUACUGCACCUUCAUGCGAGAGUAUGAGACGCUCGGCCACAUGCUAGCAGUCUCCCCGCCGUCGGAGGUCGAGCGCGCGCGCACAUGCUAUCUCCCGCAUCACGGCGUACUCAAGGAAGCUGCACCAGAGAAAAGAAUCAGAGUAGUGUUCAACGGGUCAUCGCGCCUCAAUUCCGGUGACUCGCUUAAUGCUCACCUCUUCGCGGGUCCCAAUCUGCUUCCAGCGCUGAGUGAUGUGCUCCUGAGAUGGAGGAGGCAUCAAUUCGUGCUGGCCGCUGACAUCGAGAAGAUGUACCGCCAGAUCUUGGUGCAUCCCGACGAUCGAGAUCUGCAGAGGAUAAUAUGGCGGCCGACGGCUGACGCUGAGCUGCAGGAAUACCAACUGCAGACGGUCACCUACGGCCUGACCUGCGCGCCAUUCCUCGCGAUACGCACAAUCCGGCAGCUGGCGAAGGAUGAAGGAGAGCGAUUUCCUCGCGCUGCGGCAGCGCUGCGGCAGGACGCAUACGUGGACGACAUCCUGACGGGAACCGACACCCUGGACGAGGCGCAGGCUCUCCGCGACGAGCUGAUCGGCCUCUGCACGGCGGGCGGAUUUCCUCUUAGCAAAUGGUCAGCCAAUGCAAACGCCAUACUCAAGGACAUCCCCGAGGAAAGACGUCAAGUGCGAGACCUGCGUGAGUGGGAGAGCGACAAGGGACACUCCGCGCUCGGCCUCCGCUGGCAUCCUCGCCAGGAUUGUUUUGCCUUCAGGGUACAGCAACUGAGCAGCCAGCGAGUGACGAAGCGAGUGGUACUUUCGCAAGUGGCUCGCUUAUUCGAUCCCAUGGGCUGGCUGUCGCCGGUGAUCAUCAAGGCGAAAAUUCUCAUUCAGACGAUGUGGCUGCAGCAUCUGGACUGGGAUCAGCCUGUCCCCCCGACGGAAGAGCGGACUUGGAGAACUUUUCGCGACGAGCUCCCCGCUCUGGAGAGCGUGCACGUGCCUCGUUGGACACAGUGCAAGGGAUCAAACAGUGACCUGGAGGUGCACGGCUUCGCAGACGCCUCCGAGCGAGCAUACGCUGCGGUGGUGUACCUCCGCACCAGAGGAGUGGAGGGCGAGCGCCGUGUUUUCUUGUUGCAGGCGAAAACCAAGGUGGCCCCUGCGCAGCCGGUCUCGCUGCCAAGGCUCGAGUUGUGCGCGGCGGCGCUUCUUGCCAAGCUGACAGCGCACGUCGUCAAGGUCAUGGACAUCGCGUCCGCUCCUCUUCACCUCUGGUCGGACUCCACAGUGACGCUGGCGUGGAUUCAGAGUCACCCGUCGCGCUGGAAAACUUAUGUGGCCAACAGGGUCGCCGACAUCCAGCGAAGGCUCCCCAACGCCCAAUGGCAUCAUGUGUCCGGAGCAGAGAACCCAGCAGACUGCGCGUCACGAGGCUUGUCUCCCAGCGACCUGCCGGAUCAUGGGCUGUGGUGGAGCGGGCCGCCCUGGCUGUCUGGAGACGCCACGCUUCCUGCGAGCACGCCGCUGCCGAUGGGUGACCCGCAGGAGGAGAGGCGUCAGGUGCAUCUUGCAGCGGUCCAAUCAGCCGAGGAAUGUCCAAUGCUGCGACGAUUCUCAGUGCUGCAGCGGCUGCUGAGGGUAACUGCGUGGUGCUGCCGUUGGCUCGGCGAGCGGCGCGUUCCAUACACCCCGAUGUCCGCGCUGUCGCCUCAGGAACUCGAGGCGGCCCGACUUCGCUGGAUCCGUCAUGUGCAGUCCUGGGAAUUCGCGGAAGAGCGGCGAGCGCUGUCAAGGGGCGUGGCAGUCCCGCGAAGAAGCGUCCUCGCUAGGCUGGAUCCAUUCGUGGACAGGAAUGGCGUCAUCAGAGUCGGUGGUCGGCUCAAACACGCUGUUUUGAACCCGGAUGAAAGGCACCCGAUCAUCCUCCCCAGGAGGUCGCACUUCGCCGUCCUGGUGAUUCGGGAGUGCCACCGCCGAGCCAUGCACGGCGGAGUGCAGCUGACUCUGGGGAUGGUCAGGCAAGGAUACUGGAUUCCGGGAGGACGCCUGGAGGUUCGACGCCACAUUCAUCGCUGCGUCACUUGCUUGCGAUGGCGGGCGGCGUCCCCGAAUCCUAUGAUGGGACAACUACCACCGCCGCGGGUAACAGCAUCGCGUCCCUUCAGCCAAGCGGGAGUCGACUAUGCGGGCCCGGUCCAGGUUCGGACAGCAGCAGGUCGAGGACACAAGGCGCACAAGGCCUUUUUGGCCAUCUUUGUGUGCUUUGCAACAAGGGCUGUGCACAUCGAGCUGGUGUCCAGUUAUGCCACGGAUGCCUUCCUAGCGGCUUUCCGGCGCUUUGUCUCACGCCGCGGAAUGUGCCGCACGCUGUACAGCGAUCGGGGGACCAAUUUUGUCGGUGCUGAUGCCCAGCUUCGAGCGAUGUUCCAGGAGGCUGUGCGCGAAAGCCCGCGCAUCGCCGACAUCCUUGCCUCCGAAGGGGUGGAGUGGCGGUUCAACCCUCCGGCUGCACCCCACUUUGGCGGCCUGUGGGAAGCAGCCGUAAAGUCGAUCAAACACCACCUCAGGAGAGUUAUAGGAGAAUCAACACUCACCUUCGAGGAGCUAAGCACUGUUCUUGCACAGAUUGAGGCAUGCCUCAACUCUCGUCCUUUGCAGGCCAUAUCGGAUGACCCGGAGGACGUCUCGGCCUUGACGCCAGGCCAUUUCUUGAUUGGAGCCGCUUUGACAUCGCUGCCUGAGCCGUCGCUGACAUCGGAGCCUCUCAACAGGCUCACGCGGUGGCAGCUGCUACAACGAAUGAGGGAUGACUUCUGGUCACGGUGGUCCAAGGAAUACCUGCAGUCACUCACCUCGCGUGUGAAAUGGUGGAGGAAAAACAUCAACCCGACCGUUGGCGACCUGUGUCUUAUCCGCGGAGAGAACUUUCCGCCGAGCAGGUGGCCGUUGGCUCGAAUCACCGAGGUUCAUCCUGGUGCUGAUGGACAGGUGCGCGUGGUCAGCUUGCGGACAGCCACGACGACGUUGGCCAGACCGGUGGUCAAGGUCAUCCUCCUGCCGAGGGCAGACACGGAACCUGAGGACCAACCAGCUGAUGAGUAG